AUGGACUCUCUUUCCAUGAUCCUCUCCUGCUCUCCACCACUGCAGAACCACCUAAAAACCCAGAAACCAGUCACCUCAGGACCAAUCUCUCUUCCCCAAAACUCCACCUCUACCUCCAUUGUUGCUUUUCAACCAUUCAAUUCUUCUCAACUUCACUUUCCCUCCACCAAAAACGACCUUCAGCCUCAAUCCUCAAAAUCUGUCCAAAACCCAUCUUUGAUUCUCAAAACCUCUCCUUUUUCACAAGGCUUAACAAGAAACCAGCUUUAUUUUGUUCUCACCGAGCUCAUUACAACUACUGCAUUCACUCUUCCUGGUUUUGCUUCUGAAGCUGCAGUCUCCUCGACUGAGCAAGUUUCUGACAGAAUAAACUUGGAAGCAACCUUAGUCUCCAUUGAUGACUUUUUCAAUCGAAACCCUUUUUUUGUUGCUGGCUGUACAUUCGUUUGGCUGGUUGUUAUACCUCUGGUUCAAGAGUAUUUGAGAAAAUAUAAGUUUGUUCUCGUCAUUGAUGCAUUUCGGAAACUCCGAGACGACCCAAAUGUUCAGCUUUUGGAUAUUAGGGAUGAGAAGAGUUUGAAGUAUCUGAAGUCUCCAAAUUUGAAGAUUCUGAAUAAGGCUACGGUGGAGGUUCCGUUUUCUGAGGAUGAUGAAGAUGGGUUUGUGAAGAAGGUUUUGGAGAGGUUUAGGAACCCAGCAGACACUGCCCUCUGUGUUCUGGGCAAUUUUGAUGGUAUUUCCAUCAAAGUGGCUGAGUUACUGUUCAAGAAUGGUUUCAAAGAGGCUUAUGCAAUCAAGGGUGGGGUUGGAGGCACAAAAGGGUGGUUGGAAUCACAAGAAACUCUUUUGCCACCAUCUAUGCAUAUCUACCCCAAGAAGAAGGUUGAAACUUCACAAAAAACUGGGAUGAAUGGAGGAGUUGUUCGGGGCAAUGAAGACAGCAAUGGUGCUGCCUCUGCUGGAAGUUUUUCCAUAGAAGAAGGUCAAAGGACGGACAAUGGACGCACGGCCAAGUCUACAGACUCCGUGUCACAUGUGAAAAAUGGUUUUAGAUCAUCCUCUCCCUACCCAAAUUACCCAGAUUUGAAACCACCAUCUUCCCCAACUCCAUCGAAGCCCUGA